AUGGUAUCAGCACGCAAACGAAAAACAGUUUCGUACAAUCAAAGCGACGAUAGUGAUUUUAUGAGUGAUGAUCAAGUGCGCAGCACACCCGUCAAAAGCAAAAAGCCAACUGUCAACAAGAAGACUAGCAGUAAGCGCGCCAAAAGGGUGACAUCGCCAUCACCAUCACCAUCACCGUCUUCAGAAGGCGGCAGUGAUUCUGGAAGCGAUUUCCAGGAUGAGCAGGAUCUGGACGAAGACGAUCAUGAAGAAGAAGGGGAGGAGGAGGAGGAGGAAGAAGAGGACAAUGAUGAAGAGUCAGACGAGGAAGAGGUCAAAAAGAAACCCAGAGCUAAAGCGAAAGCAAAGACCACAGCCAAAUCUAAAGCAAAAACCACCCAAAAGAAUACCCAAAAGAGUGAUUCCUCAGAAGACGAACAAGAGAAUAGCGACGACGAAGUUUUUAAUGAGAACAAUAUCAAGAAAUCCAAAGUAGUGAUUCCGCGACCCAAGGGAAGCCCUUUUGCUGAUGCCAUCUCACCCGACACACUCGAAUUCCUUGCUGAACUGGCCGUGAACAACGAUCGUGAUUUCAUGCGGUUAAGAGCCAAAGAAUGGGCCGCAGCCAAGAAGGAUUUUACAGACUUAUGCAGCCUUUUGAUGACUGAAAUACAUCAAGCAGAUCCUACAACUCGCGUCGAGGACGCUAAACACGCCGUGUACAGGCAGAAUAGAGACUUGCGAUUUUCUAACGACAAGAGCCCUUACAAACGUAACCUCAGUGCCUCCUUUUCAAGAACAGGUCGUAAAUUUGCUGACGCUGGAUAUCACAUCUCCAUCAAGCCUAAUAAUGAAUCUAUGGUGGGCAUCGGUAUGUGGCAGCCUGAUGCCACUCGUUUAGCCAACAUGAGAUCAAACAUCAUCCGACAUGGCGACUUGCUGAGAGAGGCAUUGUCAACGGAUGCCCUGAAGGAGGUGUUUGAUGGUAAAUGUGGUGCUGCAAUCUUGAGUGAUGAGGACAAAUUGAAGGUGGCACCCAAGAACAUUGCAAAGGACCAUCCUGAAAUUGAGUUGUUGCGCUAUCGAAGCUUUGCCAUAAUCAAACGUUUUACAGAUAAAGAGGUUGUGAGUGAGGGAUUUUUGGACAAGGUAAUGGAUGUCAUUGAAGCAUCCGUGCCAUUUGUAGCAGUAGUCAAUUCUUGGAUCUAA